AAUGUCUCGUAAAAAUAAAUCAAAUCGAACGGAGCGUGGCAUUUUGUGUUCGGAUUGAAGAUUGCGUCGAUUCUCAACAUGAAUAUUAUUUAUUUGGGAUUUUUUUUCGCCUUUAUAUCUUCAUCGCGACAGAAAAAUAUAAAAGCAAAGUUUAAAUCUGUCGAUUGUGCGAACCUGAAGUGUCCGCCGAUAGAUGACCCCGUUUGUGUUAAAAUUAAAUAUAAAAAUUCUAAAAGCGACCAACACGUCAUAGCUGUGAACAAAUGCGAGAUAAAAUACGCCACUUGCCAGAAAGAUAUAGAAGCUGUUAUAGUCCCUAUGGUGGAAUGCCAUAACACAAGUGACGAAAGCGUUAAGUAUAAAAGGAACAAGAGAGCUGUUGACGGCGAAACCAACGAAGACUUCACUGGCGAGGGUACAAAGCUCAAUGCAAAUGAAGAUAGAAGCAAAGUUACAGACGAAAAUGAUGAUGAUGAAAACGAUACAGCUUUAAUGGCUGAAGAGAAUAAAGAUGAGGUGACGGACGAAAAUUACGAAGAAAAAGGGGGAAAAAAUAGACAAUGGGUGGCUGUUAUGAACCUGAGACCAUUAACUGGUAAAAAGACGGAAGAAAAUGAGGCUGAACUGGCUGAUGAUGAUGGAAAUAAUGUUACGGAUGAAAACAACACAAAUGAGGCAGGAAAUAAAGAACAAUUAAAAGAUAAUGACGAUAACCCGGAUACUAAAGACGGGAAUGAGGGCGAUGAUAAUCAAGCUGAGAACACAAAUGAAGAAUUCGGGGAGCCCCAGAAACUGGUUACCGUUGCCGAUUUUGGGAAAGAUUAUGACCAGAGAGAGGAAGAAGCUGAUUUAGAGGAAAGUAGAAAAGACUGUCCCACAGUCUGUCCCUCGCGCGACGUUAUGGUUUGUGCUAAAUGCAAGCACCAAAUCCACAGAACGUUCCUCAGCGCAUGUCACCUCAGGAAGUUCGCGUGCCAACACAAGAGUGAGAAGUUAGAGCUGGUGAAACGGAAGCCUUGCAUGCAGUCAGGGCCAUUUAUAUCGAAAUCCGACGACACCAGAGGCAGGAUCCGUGAAUCCAGAGAGGAUGACGAGAUACAGAAAUUCAUAUUUUGCAGAGGGAACAAUCUCAUAAACAAAGGCGAUAGCCGCUGCAACUUUGAAAUAAUACAGAAUAAAAAAAAAUCUGAAAAUAAUACAGAAUAAAAAAAAAUCUCAUUGUUUUAUUUUAUCCGUUUCGAAAUAUUUUCCGUUUAUUUUUAAUCUGCUGUUAGUUUGCAUUAUUUUGACAGCGCUAAUGUCAGAUUCGCUAUCAUAUUUCUGGUUGUCACUGUCAAUGUCAGCUGUGAUGAGAUCGUCCUCGGGGUGAUAAGGGUUGUUUAAACUUCUAGACAAUUUUGAUACAACUUUGCUUUCUAAAGCGCGUAUUGUAAGCA